GGCAAGAUGGCGAAGGUCAAGGCAUACGAAUUGCAAUCCAGGUCCAAGCAGGACCUCACCAAGCAGCUUGAGGAGCUCAAGGAGGAGCUCCUUAAGCUGCGGGUGCAGAAGGUCGCUGGUGGCUCUUCGAGCAAGCUCACCCGGAUCAACUCGGUCCGCAAGAGCAUUGCUCGGGUUCUCACUGUCAUGAACCAGAAGCAGCGCGCCAACUUGCGGGAGUUCUACAAGGGCAAGAAGUACCAGCCCCUUGACCUCCGAGCAAAGAAGACCCGUGCGCUCCGACGGGCUCUCACCAAGGACGAGAAGAAUGCAGUCACUGUCAGGGAACACAAGAAGCAGGUACACUUCCAGAACAAGCGCUACGUCCUCAAGGCGUAAAUUUUGUUCGCACUAACACCGACCAUCCUUGCAAUGACAUCCCGAUGAGGGUAGCUGCCUGAUCAGCGCAUGAGCAGAGAGGCAUCGACAGCGAGUCAUUCACCCAUGUUCACUAGCAUGCGCACUAAGAUUGUAUUUGUGUAUGGCCUUUUGUGUGACUGCAUCCUUAAGGGAAUAG